AUGGCUGGCGAGGAUGUCGACACCAAGUCCAGUGCUUCUGCUCCUGCUGCUGUCACCAACGACGCGUGGGCCGCGCUCCAGUGGGCGGCGUCCUUGUCCGACCCGUGGCUGGCCAGCUACGCCGACACUGCACGCACGUUCCUGGCCGGCGACAGCGCCGGCGGCAACAUCGUUUACCAGACCGCAGUCCGCGCCAGCCACGAAGUCAACGACGACAUGAUGAACAUUGCGGGCCUGAUCAUGGUGCACCCUUACUUCUGGGGAGCCAAUCGGCUGCCCUCGGAGCUCGCGUGGGCGGACGACAGCGAGGGUGCCGCGGCGGUGUUCCCACCGUACGGGGUGGACCGGCUGUGGCCAUUCGUCACGGCCGGCCAGGCCGGCAACGACGACCCCCGAAUCGAUCCUCCGGCCUCGGAGAUCUCAUCGCUGGCUUGCCGCCGCGUGCUCAUCGCCGUUGCCGGCAAGGAUACUCUGCGGGAGCGCGGCCUCGACAUGGCGGCCAGCAUGCUUGAUCACGACGCGCCGUGGCCUUGGAUGAUGCAGGGGCGCCGCGAGGUGACGGUGGUGGAGUCGGAGGGCGAGGACCACGGCUUCCACCUCUACAGUCCGCUGAGGGCCACCAGCAAGAGGAUCAUGGGGAGCAUCGUGGAGUUCAUAAACCAGCAGCCCAACUCGUCGCCUGCUAAUCCUAUGGUGCUUGGAGUGCCGACGACGCCGUUCAAGGACGUGUUUGGGUAUGGCAUGGCCAUGAAGUCCUGGGGCACACGCUCCAGUCUCGCUAGUAACAGUGCUACUUACCUGAAAAUUGGAAGGGUUGGGCCAUCCAACAAAAUCUCAGUUCUACUGCCGAUGCCUGCUGGUAACGCUCGUCACAAACGUCCAUUUUCUGCUGCUGUUCCGUGGAGUUGUGUGAUCAACUUUUUCUAGAUGACGGCCGGCCUGAUAACGCACACAUAAAUUAAUAUCUCAUUCAGACUCACUCCAGAGGGUCUGUGCCAAGGCUAUGCCCUUCUCCUACGUAUACUAGUACACUAAAUAAAACACAAAGAGUCUGCUACGUAGUAUUAAUUACUCUAUGAGUCAUGGGUAUUCCCUUCUCCUGCAGUCCUACGUAUACUACACUAAAUAAAACAGAAAGAGUCUCCUGCUAUUGGUUAUAAGUCAUGUGAGUCCUUCACGCCAAGAGCUAGAUUAUUAGUUAAAAGGGUCCUAUUGGUCCCAUCCAUUUGGAUUUGUGGGGAUCAAAUUCACAAAUAUAUGCCAAUUACCGGCCAGGGAAUUAUGUGUGAACUUUUCUGCCUUAUCUUAUUAUUUGGUGUCUGCUAAAUGUAUGUUUUAUGUCUUCCUUAAAAAAUGUCUAUUGUAUGCCAUAUCAUGUCGAACUCUCGUUUUGCAUUGAACACUAUUGUACAUGUAAUAUCUGAUG